CAAGGGCAAUUAAAUAAUUUCAACUAACCCGAAGAUCUAUAAGAGGCUCCCUCUGCAUCCAGCCAGCAUCCCACCUCAGGGCUCAGUCUCAGACCCGUAUUUCCUUCUUGCUUUCUUCUUCUUCAGUCCAUUCUGCAUCCCACCUCAGGGCUCAGUCUCAGACCCGUAUUUCGUUCUUGCUUUCUUCUUCUUCUUCAGUCCAUUCUAUUUCUGCCUUAUCCUAACUAAGCCUUAGCGACCAGCUCAGACAGCAGCAAUGGCGAGUCAAGCGAUUGCGAAUUACAGAGAGAAGGCGGAGAUCUACCAUGGAGAUUCUCUCUGCAAGGAAAAAUCGCUGCAGCUUCUGGAGGAGAUAUCGCUGCCCAAGGGUCUGUUGCCGCUGGACGGCAUGGAGGAAGUGGGCUACAACAGGGAAGCCGGGUUCGUCUGGCUGAAGCAGAGGAAAGGAACGCAGCACACCUUCAAGCGCAUCGGGAAACAGGUCUCGUACGCGAAUGAGAUCACCGCCUUCGUGGAGAACCACCGGAUGAAGAAGCUGACCGGGGUCAAGAGUAAGGAACUCCUGAUUUGGGUUACCCUGUCGGAUAUCUACAUCGACGACCCCGCUUCCGGUAAGAUCUCGUUCAAAACGCCGGCCGGAAUCUCUCGUUCGUUCCCCGUCUCUGCUUUCGAGCUUGAAGAAGAAGCAAAUAAAAAGGAAGAAUCGGCCAAGAAUUGAACUCAGUGUUUCUUUUUGAGUGUCUCUUUUUCUUUUUGCUCUUUUUCCUUCUCUUUCGGGGAGGUGGGGGGCCGUGUUUGGGUAGCCCAAAAUAAUCUGUUUGUUCAUUAGAAAGGAAAUACAUGUAAUAGCUUUCUCUACCUAGAUUUAGUAUUCGAAGUCUCUUACUCUUUUUAUAUCUCUCACCAAACAGAGACUUGAUAUGGAAGGUCAAAGGUCAUGUGUGAGUGUGGACUUUGAUGGUCCUAAGCUGGAUCAUUAGGGCCCACCAGGCAAUGGACCCCAAAUCCCAAUUAACAGAGUGAAUUAAUUGAUGGGUGCAACCCCUGUUGUGGUCAGCA